AUGGCUGAUCCAGCAACUCUAAUUAGUGGUUUGCUUUCAAAUUUGGUACCUCUCAUUAAGGAUGAAUUCAAGUUGAUUUAUGGUUUUGAGAAGGAGGUUGAAAAGCUAUUGAGCACGCUAUAUGCAAUUAAUGCCUCACUUGAGGAUGUUGAGAUUAAGAACGUGUGGAAGAAGGACAUACAAACUGAAGAUUGGUUGCGGAAACUAAAAGAUGUGGCAUAUGAGGUUCGAGACAUCAUGGAUGAGUGCACAUUUGAAGAUCUUCGUCUUCAAGUCAAAAGGCGUAAUGCCUCCUCUUCAACUCGGAUCCAGGUAACCAACUUUAUCACCCAUCCUUUUAGCAACACUUGGUCGCGUCGUGAAAUUGGUUACAAAAUUAAGGAUGUUCAAGAGAGACUAGAACAUAUUUAUUCAGUGCGCAAAAAUUUACAAUUGCGUGAACCUAUUCAUGACUCGAAAAUAAUAGACAAGUUUACUAGUAGUUGGCGUGAAACCAUGUCUCUUUCUAAUAGUCCAAUAUAUGGGAGAGAUAAGGAGAAGAAAGAGAUUAUUGAUAUUCUACUCAAUAAUACAUCUUGUGCUUGUGUUGCUAAAGAAUUAUCUGUUCUGCCUAUUGUUGGAAUUGGGGGACUAGGUAAAACAACACUUGCCCAAAUGGUCUUCAAUGACAACCAAGUUUCUAAUCAUUUUGAUACCAAAUUUUGGGUUUGUGUUUCUGAUAAAUUUGAUAUUAAGUUGGUCAUCAAAGCCAUCAUUGGAGAAAAUAAUGAAACUUCCUUGGAGAUAUUGAAGGACUUAAUUCAAGAUAAAUUGAGAGGGAUUAGAUAUUUGAUUGUACUGGAUGAUGUUUGGAAUGAAAACGUUCAUACAUGGGAUCAGUUGAGAUCUAUAUUAGAAUGUGGAGCAGAUGGCGCGUUCGUUCUUACCACGACACGUAAAAGAAGAGUUGCAGAAAUAAUGAAAACUAUUCCACAUUUUGAGUUACCGUCACUCUCUGACGAUGAUUGUUGGUUACUGUUAAAAAAACGUGCAUUUGAGCAUGGAAAACCAAAACAUCCAAACUUCACUUAUAUUGGCAAACAAAUAGCUAGAAGAUGUAAGGGUGUUCCUUUAGUUGCCAAAACAUUAGGAAGUCAACUGGGGUUUUGUGAUGACGAAAAAGGAUGGCAUAGAAUAAGAGAUAGUGAGAUAUGGGAGAUAUCCGAAAAUGAAGAAGAUCUCUUGCCUAUUCUAAGGUUGAGUUACUAUGACCUCCCUUAUCAUUUGAGAAGAUGCUUUGUGUUUUGUGCUAUAUUUCCCAAGGAUACUGAAAUUGAAAAGGAGAAAUUAAUCCAAUUGUGGAUGGCCCAUGAUUUAAUUCCUCUUGUUAAAAAGCAAGAAUUUGAAGAUGUUGGGAAUACAAUUUGGAAUGAGUUGUGUUGGAGAUCCUUUUUUCAAGACGAAAAGGAGAACAAAGAUAGGAAAGAUAGAGUUUAUACAGCAUGUAUGAUGCACGAUCUUAUGCAUGAUCUUGCCCAAUCUGUUAUGAAAGAUCAAUGUUAUACGAUUGAUUCUAAUAGCUCGAGUGAUGGUUUAGAACGAGAAAUUCGUCAUGUAACAGGAAAGGUUCAUGAGUUAGACAAAACAUCAGAUUGUUCUCUUAAAACAAUUGGAGGGUUACAAUCAAUAAUGCUUCAUGGAAGAGAUGUUGGAAAUGCCAAAAAGAAGAUUUUGAGUUGCUUGAAGGAACUUUCGUCUUUACGUGUCCUUCAAUUAAACCUCCGCAGUGUGCAAUAUCAAGAUUUGCGUUGUCUGAGUUAUCUAAAACAUCUUAGAUACCUAGACAUUUCUUAUAGUCAGAUUACAACAUUGCCUAAUAGUAUUUGUCAUCUCUUGAACUUACAGACUCUGAAACUCAAUUAUUGUUAUGAGCUUGAAAGUUUGCCUAGAAAUACGAGGAACCUUAUUAAUUUGAGACAUCUUUAUUUGAAGGGUUGUAUUGGAUUAAAAUAUAUGCCUAGAGGGAUGAGGCAAUUGAAACAUUUAAAGACCUUAAGCUUGUUAGUGAUAGGCAAAAAGGAAAAAGAUUGUCAACUAGAUGAAAUAAAAGAAUUGAAUAUCGGCGGAUCUUUGAAAAUUGUAAACCUUGGAAGAGUUAAUGAUGCAUCUAUUGCAAAAGGGAUAAGCAUGGCUAAGAAAUCGAGUAUCACUAACUUGGAGUUGGAUUGGGGUUAUGAUAAUGCUGAUGGACAUGAGAAAAUAGGUGAUGCUCUAGAGGUUUCAACUGUGACUCUGAAGAUAUUGAAAAUGAGUGGUUAUGAAGGUGUGAAUCCCCCUAAAUGGGUGGGAAAGUCUUAUCCUUCUCCAACAUGUCUUGAGAGUAAUGAUAGUAGUGCUAUUAAAGAUGACAAUGAAAUGAUUGUACUAUUCCCUUUGUUAGAGCAACUGUAUUUUUUUAACAUUAAUAAUUUGAGGGAAUUGGUGUCUAGUAGCUGUUGGAGUACCGGAGCUUUCCCUAAUCUAUGCAUGCUGGACAUACAUUAUUGCCCGAAGCUAGGGAGGUUGCCACCGUUUCUCAAAGCACUCAAACAUGUAACUGUUUCAGGUGAAUGUUCGGAUGAGUUGUUAUAUAGCAUCUCAAAUCUUAGUGCUCUUACUCAUCUUUCUCUUGUCGGAUUGAAUGAAAGAAGUGUUUUAUUUGGAGCUGAUAAGGCAUUAAUGUUUGAUGAUGAUGAAAUACCAUCAUCAUCAUUGUCAAGUAAAAUCCUUGGGGACAAUAAUAAUAAUAAUGAAGCACAAUUAGGAGGAAGAGUAAGCUCAUCUUUCCAAUCUCUUCAAACUCUGUCUAUCCGUCGGUGCAAGAAGUUAAGGCGUUUGUUUGAUGAAAUUAGUGGCUGCGAGAAGCAACAAAAGCAUCACAACUCUCUCACGUACUUGCGAAUUGUGAGCUGCCCUGAGUUGAUGAUAUCAGCUGAGGAGUUUGAAAACUUCAAUAUUAAUAAUAAUUCACUACAGAGAUUAAGUAUUGAGAAUUGUCCUAAGUUGGUGUCUUCUGAAGAAGUUAUUGAACUCCUGCGUUCCCUUCGAACAAGACUUGGUCAUGAGAAGAUCGAUGUAGAUAUUCUAUUGGAAAAGGAAAGACAGAGGAAAGCAUAG